AAAGUGAUGGGAUUGAGAAAAAUAGAAGAAUUUUAACGAUUAAAACCCUAAAACAAGAAACUCAUCGGUUCCAUGAAAUCAAAAAAGAUAAAAUGCAUAUGCUGCUUCAUUCACUGCCCUUUUAUAUAUCAGAAGAAACAAGUUGGAGAAGUCACACACAACUCGCCGGAAAACAAAAAAUUGGCCUCGCCGGAAAACACCGUCCGAGUUUAUCGUCGUAAGGCGAAAGUCCUCCAGAAACAGUGACAAUGUCCAGGCUUGCAAUUGAUUCCAUUAUGACGAGAAAAAGAAGUAAUGUGUCACGAAAACCUAGGGCAAAUACUGAUGCAAUAUUUCAGAAUUACUUUGGAUUGUUACCACAUGCUGAGAAAGAGAAUGUGAGAGAUGCAGUAGUUGUUUCUGAUGGAUUAGGAACUACUAACAAGCUCAAGAAGCUAAAGCUUAAGUUUGGGGGUGUUACUCAUACUAUUCAUACCAAGUCUAAGUCUGGAAAUUCCGAUGCUCGUAACCCUAAGGACAAUGCAGAUAAUAACGAUGUCCGUUCUUUUGAUAAGAGAGAGGUUGGGGACAAAUUGGGUAAGCUCCCAAGAACUGAAUCUUCUUUUGCAUCUGAGAGUCAUUCACAUAAAAGAAAGGCAACUGGACAGCAUUCCCGUAAGAGUAAGCGGGCCAAUGAGAGGCGUGCCUUGGGUGUGGGAUUUAGUGAUGAAGAGGAUGAAGAUGCAGAACUUCAUUUUCUUGAAAAAAUCAGUUCAUCAAAAAGAGCAAUUAGUCGCCAUAACAAUAAUCAAGGAGGCUUAGCAAUGCGUGGCAUUGGUGAGGAUCAGGACUAUGUGGAAGAAGACCGAACAUCAAGUGACGAGUCAAUAUUAGAGGGGAAGAAGUCAAAGAGCGAAUCUGUUAAUUUACUUGUACCAAGAAAGCAAUCCACACGCAACAAUCGUAAUGGUUCACUUGAUUCUUUCAAAGACGUGUUAUCUGGUCCAGUUGCAAGCUUUAUUGACAUCCCAGAUAAAAAGGGCAAAUUAUCAGAGGAGCAGCUAAUCAAGAAAGCUGAGGCUGCAAAAAGACGGAAAAUUCAAUCGGAGAAGGCAGCUAAGGAGGCUGAGGAGGCGGCCAUUAAGAAGAUACUCGGUCAAGAUUCUGCUAAGAAGAAGAAAGAGGAAAAGAUGAAUAAGCGCAGGGAUGAAAUGGCCAAGGAAAAAUGUAGCAAACCCUUCAAUCUAGCAUUGAACACUGUUCGAUGGACUAUGGGUCCCAAUGGAACCGUAGUAACUUUUUCAGAAGAUAUUGGUCUACCAAGUAUCUUCCAAACAAUACCUAACAGUUAUCCUCCCCCAAGAGAAAGGUGUGCAGGUCCAAACUGCACUAAUGCUUACAAGUAUCGGGAUUCCAAGUCAAAGCUUCCCCUUUGCAGUCUUGGUUGUUACAAAGCAAUUCAUGAAAAAAUCUCACCUGUGCUUGCAUGUUAGGCCUUGUGAAUAGUAGAAAACACGGGCUAAAUGGUGGAGCCAACAUUUGAAAAUACGUAGUUAGAUUUGAUGUUUGCAGGAACUGUUGGUCUGGGGAAUAUAUUAUGCAGUAACUGUUUGGUCAGGGGGUUAUAUUAUGCAGUAAUAUAUGAGAAAUGAUUAUCCUAA